UGUAUUUCUGAGGCUACGCGGCUUCCCGGGACUCCUGACUAGAGGACCCCGAUGCAGUUCAGCUCUGGGGAAGGAGUCAGGCGCGGGGGAGACAGGGCCCAGCCUUCCCUGUCAGGCAUGCCCCCCACCAUCUCCAGGGGCCUCAUUAGAGAUGUUUAGUUGGGCAGGUGUAAGCCCAGGCCCCAGGAGACAGGGCAGAGCACCAGAGCCACACUGCCUCCGCCCCUUCCGUAGCGGCUGGCCCUGGUUGUGUUGCUAAGAGCUUCGGAAGCCAAAGACAGAGGCAUCGCAGCCGGAGGCCAAGGGCGGCUUCUUCCAGGCAGGCAGGACCAGCCCGCACCUCCUGAAGGCACCUGCAGGCAGAGGCCCUGGGCACCCAGGGCGCAGUGCACAGAAACAUGAGCCAGAACAGCAAAGUGAAGACGACAGAGUCCAGCCCCCCCGCCCCAUCCAAGGCCAGGAGGCUGCUGCCCGUGCUGGACCCAUCUGGGGACUACUACUACUGGUGGCUGAACACCAUGGUCUUCCCAGUAAUGUACAACCUCGUCAUUGUCGUGUGCAGAGCCUGCUUCCCUGACUUGCAGCGCGGUUACCUGGUGGCCUGGUUUGUGCUGGACUACACGAGCGACCUGCUCUACCUCCUGGACAUUGCGGUUCACUUCCACACUGGAUUUUUGGAUCAGGGCAUCCUGGUGGAGGACAAGGGAAGGAUCUCCCGUCGCUACGUCCGCACCUGGAGCUUCCUCCUGGACCUGGUGUCCCUGCUGCCCACGGACGUGGCCUACGUGAGUCUGGGCCCGCACGUCCCCACGCUGAGGCUGAACCGCUUCCUGCGGGUGCCGCGCCUCUUCGAGGCCUUCGACCGCACGGAGACCCGCACCGCCUACCCCAACGCCUUCCGCAUCGCCAAGCUGAUGCUUUACAUCUUCGUCGUCAUCCACUGGAACAGCUGCCUGUACUUCGCCCUGUCGCGGUACCUGGGCUUCGGGCGCGACGCCUGGGUGUACCCCGACCCCGCGCAGCCUGGCUUUGAGCGCCUGCGGCGCCAGUACCUCUACAGCUUCUACUUCUCCACGCUGAUCUUGACCACCGUGGGCGACACGCCGCUGCCCGCCCGGGAGGAGGAGUACCUCUUCAUGGUGGGCGACUUCCUGCUGGCCGUCAUGGGCUUCGCCACCAUCAUGGGCAGCAUGAGCUCCGUCAUCUACAACAUGAACACCGCCGACGCCGCCUUCUACCCGGACCACGCGCUGGUGAAGAAGUACCUGAAGCUGCAGCGCGUCAACCGCCGGCUGGAGCGGCGCGUCAUUGACUGGUACCAGCACCUGCAGAUCAACAAGAAGAUGACCAAUGAGGUCGCCAUCUUAAAGCACCUGCCUGAGCGGCUGCGGGCGGAAGUGGCCGUGUCUGUGCACCUGUCGACCCUGAGCCGGGUGCAGAUCUUCCAGAACUGUGAGGCCAGCCUGCUGGAGGAGCUGGUGCUGAAGCUGCAGCCCCAGACAUACUCGCCAGGCGAAUACGUCUGCCGCAAGGGGGACAUCGGCCGAGAGAUGUACAUCAUCCGAGAGGGUCAGCUGGCCGUGGUGGCUGACGAUGGUGUCACGCAGUACGCCGUGCUUGGCGCAGGGCUCUACUUUGGGGAGAUCAGCAUCAUCAACAUCAAAGGGAACAUGUCUGGCAACCGGCGCACAGCCAACAUCAAGAGUCUGGGUUAUUCGGACCUGUUUUGCCUGAGCAAAGAGGACCUGCGGGAAGUGCUGAGCGAGUACCCGCAGGCCCAGACGGUCAUGGAGGAGAAGGGCCGGGAGAUCCUGCUCAAGAUGAACAAGCUGGACGUAAACGCCGAGGCGGCCGAGAUCGCCCUGCAGGAGGCCACGGAGGCCCGGCUGCACGGCCUCGACCAGCAGCUGGACGACCUCCAGACCAAGUUCGCUCGCCUCCUGGCCGAGCUGGAGUCCAGCGCCCUCAAGAUCGCCUACCGCGUCGAGCGGCUGGAGUGGCAGACCCGGGAGUGGCCCCUGCCCGAGGAGCUGGCCGAGGCCGACGACGAGGCCGAGCCCGGGGAGGGGACGUCCAAGGAGGGGGAGGGCAGAGCUGGCCAGGAGGGACCCCAGGCCCAGAGUGACCCAGGCCUAUCCCGCGACCCCCCCGCCAAGCGGAGUCCCGACUUGUAGGAAAGCCAGCCUGCAGACACUGCCAUCCUGCCCGCUUGGUUACGGAGAAGGCAGGGGACUGGGUCUGCAGAGAUGCGGGUACACGUCACCCCUAGCUCACCAGCACACACGGGCGUGCACACACACACACACGCACACACACACACACACACACACGCACACCCCAGUUGCACAUAGACGCACCUGCCGCAAGACUGUGCAUUUCAAGUAAAAUGCUCUGGAGUCCCCCUCUCAGGGCACACAUGCUUUCUCACGUGGGUGUGUCUUAUACCCACAUCAUAUACACACUUGGAGUCACACGCCAGUCUCACGGAUGCCCUGCACAGGUUUGCACACACAGGUGAGCCCGCAGAAGCUCUCCCAGAGCCCUCUGGUUCCCAGGUAGCUUGUAAAUGCCUCUCCCUAUGGGGGGCCGACAAGGGUGCCCUGCGAUUGUGCUUCAAUAAAGUAUCUGCCUCUUCGCUGAGCAUUUCUGGGGCUGACCGGAUAAAGCAAAGCCAGGGGAUCCUGUCUGAGGUCUGAGUUCUGAUUUCCAGGGGCAAGGGGCACGGGCUUGGAUUCAAAGAGGCAGGGCUCCCUGAUGA